UUAGAGCCUAGCUCUAUAUGCUUUAAUUGAUAUCUUUCUCUUUAGUUUGAAUCAAGAGAUCAUGGGGUUGAGAGAUAUCGGAGCCACACUGCCACCCGGUUUUCGGUUUUACCCUAGUGAUGAAGAGUUAAUUUGCCAUUACCUUUAUAAGAAAGUAGCAAAUGAAGAUGUUCUCAAGGGAACUUUAGUAGAAAUUGAUCUACAUAUUUGUGAGCCAUGGCAACUUCCUGAGACGGCAAAACUCAAUUCAAGUGAGUGGUAUUUCUUUAGCUUUCGUGAUCGCAAAUAUGCAACAGGAUACCGAACUAACAGGGCUACCGUCUCUGGAUAUUGGAAGGCCACGGGAAAAGAUAGGACAGUUGUGGAUCCGGUGACUGGUGCCAUCGUUGGAAUGAGGAAGACGUUAGUAUUUUACAAGAACCGAGCACCAAAUGGGGUUAAAACUGGCUGGAUCAUGCAUGAAUUUCGCCUAGAAAAUCCUAAUAUACCUCCUAAGGAAGAUUGGGUUCUAUGUAGAGUGUUUUACAAAGCAAAGGGAGACAAUAGCAAUGAACACUGUCCACAAGACAUGUAUCGCGACAAUACACCAAAUCUCGAUGCAUCUUCUCUUCUCACCAUUGGUAAUUGCCAGCCGCCACCUUGCGUCCAUCAUCACAACCCAUUUACGGCCACCACCACCACCACUUCCUCCUCCCUCACUAUUUCCAAUCAAAGCCCGACACAACCCAUCCGAUGCAACCUCCAAAAUUACUUUGGCUUAUCAACAACACAACAAUGCAACCAUCCAAAUCUUCUCCAUUUACCUCAAAAUGCCAACAACUUAAAGGAAUCUGUAGACCAAAUAGUUAUAAGCCCCAAUAAUAAGUGUGAAGACGAUCAAUAUGGUUUCUUAUACGAUAUGUGCAUUGAAGACUAUGUCCCUUCACAUAACAUACAAGAGAUGGAAUUCGAGGAUGACGAUAAUGAAAAUGGGGUAGUGUUCUACGACUAGUAUAUUAGUGUUAUGCAAGUUUUAAGUAUUUAAUUAUAACUAUUAUUAG